AUGAGCGAGAUUUUGGAGAGUCCAGAGGUCAUAGCGAUGAGGAAGAUCAGUCGUCAUCCCAACAUUCUUUACAUGGUUGAAUCGCACUACGAUCCACUUCCUGGAAAAGUCACUCUGAUCUUCGAACUGAUGGAUAUGAGCUUGUACGAUUUAAUGAAGGCAAGAAAAGGACGUGCCUUGACUGAAGAUAGGGUUAAAAUCUACUUGUACCAGUUACUGAAAGGUCUUGAACACUUGCACAAGCAUGGCAUCUUCCAUAGAGACAUUAAACCGGAGAAUAUAUUAUUGAAGGGGGACGUAGUUAAAUUGGCAGAUCUUGGAUCAAUAAGAGGCAUUUAUAGCAGGCCACCUUACACCGAGUACAUCUCAACCCGCUGGUAUCGUUCUCCGGAAUGUUUACUAACAACUGGUUUUUAUGGACCAAAAAUGGACGUCUGGGCUACCGGCUGCGUAUUCUACGAACUUCUCACGCUGAAGCCGCUCUUUCCCGGAUCCAACGAGGUUGAUCAGAUUACUAAAAUUCACUCUAUACUAGGCACACCGCAUGCAAGAUUAGUAGCUAAAUUUCGCAGACAGGAGAACGAAUCGCCAAGGAUGACAAACUUAAUAACACCGUCCAACUCAUCGCAUGAACAAUCCAAUUGCCAAUGGCGAAACCCGGUUUUGUUAAGUUAUAUAACGUCAGAACGCCGGCGAAAGCAAAAAGUAAAACAUCCCGUUUCAGACGGUAGAUCGUGUCAGUCAGCAUUUAAUAAUUUCCAGCCACCUAUAUCCUCUCAUCAAUCGAAACUGGUCCAAAUGGCUGACCCCGUAGCAAAUUUGAACAUCUGCGGGCUCAAAGUGCCCAGAGUUGUCGCAUCCAGUCCAAAUUACGCGAGACGUACGAGCAACCAGUCGUCGAACAAAUCUACUGCAACGAAAAUCUCAAAGUCCGACAAAAGUAACGUCGUCGUUGUCGAAGAGACUAAAAAAAAAUUGACCAGGGCUUGGGGAACAGCUAAUAUUUGCCAUCGGAAGAGGCAACGUAUCGUUAAGAUUGGCGAAAGAGCUUCGAAGGGCAGUGCUUCCGAUACGUCUGAUAUUUCGGGUCCUAAGCUCCCAAGUAUUAGGAAUAGCAGCAAAAUGAUAAUAUCCAGAGAGAGUAGCACCAGUCCAGUAGAAUUGAGGAAUGCUCCCAUUAAACGAGGCCCGUCAACGCUAGGAACCCAUUACAACUCUCGCGCAGAGAGGAGUUUCGAUCAAAGCUAUGAGCAGAAACAUCACGUUGAGCAGAAGGAUGAUUAUAGAACGAACAGCUUCUUGCCGAUGAUAAUUACGCAAAAGCCGGAGAUGCUCGUCCAUCGAGGAUCUGGCGGUGCUUCUGGGAUGGCGCAAAUUUGCGAUUCUAACAUACUAUGCGGUCAUCGUCGCCAGAAAACAAGACUCGCAACAAUCACUGAGCGGGCUACGCCCGCAGAUUUUACGACCGGAAAAAUGACGCCGUUUAUUAAAUCUCCCAUUGCCAAAAGUCCAGCUAAGAAAAUUCCUAAACACGAAUCAAAAUCGCUCAGUCCAACUCCGAGCAGUGUCAUUCCUUCUAAGAAAAUACGACCAAGCCCGAAAAAAUUAUAUGAAAAGCGCAACAAAUUUGGAAACAUUAAAUAA